UUGAACUUUUCGCAGUGUGUUGCUUCACCUCCUGAACAAGUGAUAGGCGUACUGGAGGAGAAGUUGUCUUUAGUUGUGCCUUCUCUUCGUCAUGGAGUCUCAGGGAUGUUUCUCCCGAGAGGAAAUCAACAGCACGGUGUGGGAAGUCCCGGAGAAAUACACACGGCUCAAACAGAUAGGGACCGGGGCUUACGGCUCCGUGUGCUCAGCAAUAAAUGAAAAGACUAAAGAGAAAGUGGCCAUUAAGAAGCUCCACAGGCCCUUCCAGUCAGAGAUCUUUGCUAAGAGGGCCUACCGAGAGCUCCGACUGCUCAAACACAUGAAGCAUGAAAAUGUGGUAGGACUUCUUGAAGUGUUUACAGCUGCUACAAGCCUUGACGACAUGCAGGACUUCUACCUGGUGAUGCCUUACUUGUUUACUGACCUGUCGAAGGUGCGGGGACAUCUCUCAGAGGACAAAGUCCAGUUUCUUGUCUACCAAAUGCUCUGUGGACUCAGGUAUAUCCACAAGGCUGGAAUCAUCCACAGGGAUCUUAAGCCAGGAAACUUGGCAGUGAACCAAGACUGUGAACUGAAGAUCCUUGACUUUGGGCUCGCUCGCAGCACAGACGCCGAGAUGACGGGCUACGUGGUAACCCGUUGGUACCGGGCACCUGAGGUCAUUCUGAACUGGAUGCACUACACCCAGACGGUGGACAUCUGGUCUGUGGGCUGCAUCAUGGCAGAAAUGAUCAAUGGAAAAACCCUUUUUAAAGGCAAAGACUACAUGGACCAGCUGACUCAGAUCAUGAAAGUGACAGGAGUACCUGGAUCAGAGUUCAUCCAGAAGCUGGACAGCCCAGAGGCCAAAACAUAUAUAAAGGCUCUCCCUCGUUAUCCCAGAAAGGACUUCUCUACAUUGUUCCCCAGAUGCAGUGCAAUGGGUAUUGACCUGCUGGAGAAGAUGCUCGUUCUGGACGGAGACGAGAGGCCCACAGCUGAACUCGCUCUGGAGCACCCGUACUUCGACAGCCUGAAGGACCCAGAUGACUUCCCUGAGCCCAAAGCGUACGACGACAGCCAUGACAACGCCACUCUGUCCCUUGAGGAGUGGAAGCGGUUAUGUUUCAAAGAGGUGAAAAGCUUUGUUCCAUUCCCACGGAGGGACUCCAAGAGGAAAAAUACUCUGACUAUGUCUCCCUGAUCGGAUGAUGCCUGUCUUGUCACUGUACAGCCAAUGGUGCCCUUGUAUAUUACAACCAUGCACUCGCUCUAUUUCUUGUACCCUGGAUUUAUUUCGGUUUUGAGCCAGUGUUCAGUAGAGUGGUUAAAACACUUUUUUUUAUGUGCAAUAGUCUCCUCAGAGUAGAUUGCCCUUUAUGUUACAAACGGGAUCCUUGUAAAUGUUUUUUUGACGAAAUGUCACAGGGUUUACUGUAAGAUUUACUGUAAUAUUGUUUUUUUGUUUUUUAUUCCAAUUAAAGAUGAGAUUAAAUGUGUAUGAAGUUUUGUGUUUGCAGCAGAGUGUAAAUGUUGCUGCCCGAAACAGUAAACAAACUUUCUGUAUGAACUCAUAGGCGACUUAAAAGUUUUUCUUUUAAAAUUCACUGAAUCACCACUGUCAACCGGAAUAUUAAACCAUUGCAGUGUGAAUGAUGCGGAAAUUAACUUGUCCCUUUUUUGUGUUUAUGCUUUUUCAUGUCACAGUCCCGUACAGAAACACUGCAAUGUCUGCAUCAUUACUUCACAUUUACCCUUAAUGAUUAAACCAAAUCUUUUAGAUCUUUCCAGCAUGGUGCUAUGUACUUAACUGAGACAUUUAGAGGCUGCUGUGUGAUCUAUAAUCUGUCUUUAGGGCAGGGCUGGGCAACUGGCAGCCUUGGGGCCACAUGCAGCCCAUCUGCUCACUCAUCGUGGCCAACAAGUCAUUUUCAAAUAUCAAUAAAUUGUAAACAUGAAGAAAACAUUUUUUUUUAAAAAGAUCCGUCAUAAAGGAUUAAAACCUGAGUUGCCAAUACAAAACCAUGCACAAAGACCAAAAGCAUUCAAACAUGAAAAAUAGAAUAUUCUCUGUAAUGAUCUUUAAAAGCUGGUAUUUGGUUUGGUCUUUGAAUAAAUUAUGUGCAUGGCUGUAAAUGUUUCUGUAAAACUUUAUUACAUGCAUUACUGAAUGCAUUUGAAAUUCUUUUUGAAAUGUAGGUAAAUUAUACUGUAAUGUAUAACCAAUAAAUACUCUCUUCAUUGUACUGAAAA